AUGGAAGCUCUUAAUUCUGUUUUCGUUGAGGGUGCCAAAUCUUUUGUCAUGUUCACGUGUUCAAGAAUUAAGACCUUUUCUAAAUAUGAAAAAAACGUUCGUGAACUCGAGGAAGGAAUGGUAAGUCUUGCUGAAGAGAAGAGGGAAAUUGAAGAACAGAUCAACAUAGCCAGAGUUGAGGAAAGAACUCCAAGGCGGCAAGUAAUUAAAUGGCUAAGGAAGGUUUCUGAAGUUGAAAAUGCUGUAAGGCCACUGUUAGAAAGGCCUUGUGAAUAUGCUGAUGGAACGGGCUCCAGUAUGCUGCACCAGUACCAACAGUGCUGUAAAGUGGCAGCGAAACUAGAACUGGUGAAAGAGCUUAAUUCUACGCAUUUUGAUAUUGUUGCCCCUGAAAGAUGCUCACCAGUUAAAGCGGUGGAGAAAAUGGAAGUGCCACCUCUUGUCGGGCAGCAGGCAAUAUCAGAUAUAAAGAAGCUUUUGGAAAUCUUGAACGAGGACGGUGUCAGAAGAAUUGCGGUCUUGGGGAUGGGUGGGAUAGGAAAAACAACAUUGGUCAAGAAGUUGAACAAUGAGCUGGAAUUUUCCUCUCCAAGUUCAUUUGAGAUUGUCAUCUGGGUUCAAGUAUCCAUGGCAACAGAUUUGAGCACAAUUCAGGCUCAGGUUGCAAAGCGAAUACAUUUAAAACUGGACCCGGGAGACGCUCCCCACCGCAUAGCCAACAAAAUUCUUAGAAGACUCGAGCUGAAGAGGAAGAUCCUCCUGAUUCUUGACGAUGUUUGGAAAGAAAUUGACCUGGAUGCUGUUGGUAUUCCUUCAAGUGAUCCUUGUUGUAAAGUCCUUAUAACCACUCGGUCUCGUGAUGUGUGCAGGCAAAUGACCACUGAUGUUUCUUUCCAGUUAGAUCUUAUGGGUGAAGAAGAUGCUUGGAACCUUUUCGUUCAAAGUGCUGGAGCUGUACUUAAAUUAGAUGGGAUUGAAGCUCCAGCAAGAAAAUUUGUUUCAGGUUUCCAUGGGCUUCCGUUAGUAAUAAAGAGUCUAGGUAAGUCAAUGAGGGACAGACCACAGAUCGAAUUGUGGCAGAACGCAUAUGCUAGGUGGCGUUGCUCAUCACCUUUGUUCCAGAACAUUGAGAAUGAGGUGUUUGGGCCUCUGAAAAUGAGUUAUUAUUUCUUACCAAACAAGAUUCAGAAACAAUGUUUUUUGUCUUGUUCAAUGUAUCCCGGAAACUUUUCAAUUAAUGUUCGUGAGCUAAUUCAAUGUUGGGUAUCUGAUGAGUUGAUCAACGAGAACCAAAGCACAAAUGACAUAUUCAGUGAUGGGGAAUCUUUGGUAGAACGCCUGAAGGACUUGAGCUUGCUUGAUCAAGAUUCCAAAGGAACUGUGAAGAUGCAUGAUAUUUAUCGUCGCUUAGCCAUAAUUCUGUCUCAGACUCAAGAAAUGUAUGGCUUUCACUGUCAAUCUGGCCUUCCAUUCUAUCAAACACCAAAUGAGUCAUCUAGACGUGUUUCUUUCAUGGGAUGCAGGAUGGAAAUUCUGAAAGAGUUUCCUAUAAAUUCACAGGUCACAGUCCUUUUUCUCCAAGGUAAUCCUAUAAAGAAAAUCCCAAAUGAAUUCUUUCACAAUAUAAGGUCACUAAGGGUACUGAAUUUAAGCGAAACUCGAAUUACUGUCUUGCCUUCAUCUUUUAUCUGCUUGGGUGAAUUGCGUUCUCUCUUUCUGAGAGGCUGUUUAUUACAGAAGCUACCUUCUCUUGAAAAUAUGUCAAAACUCUUGGUUCUUGAUCUUUCAAACAGCCGCAUAAGGGAGCUUCCUGAAGGGUUCAGAAGUUUAAGUAAUUUGAGAGAACUAAACUUGUCAUGUACACGCUUCUUAAAGAAAAUUGUCGCCGGAAGCAUAUCAGGGCUAGUUGGUCUAGAAACUCUAGAUAUGUCGUUUAGUGCUUAUAACUGGAACCCAGAGAUGAAUUCAGAUCAAAGAGCAACAUUUGAGGAGUUAUUAUCAUUGGACCGCCUCUCAAUCCUUCAGAUAAGGCUGGACUCUGUGGAGUGCCUUGUAUCUGCCUCUUCUUGGCUCAAGAAGUUAAGAAGAUUUGACAUCCAGAUUAGUCCUAGGAACUGCAACUUGAAUGAUCAUGUUGCUGAACAAAAUGAAAAAAAAUUGGUUCUUAGGGGUGUUGAUUUCUCUCAAGAAAACAUUCGUUAUUUAUUACGCAUCACAAGUUCUCUAGACAUGUUAACAUGUGUAGGCAUGAACCAGAGACAUUGGCUUAGCCUAUCAUCAUUGAUAUCACUCACUAUAUCGAAUUGUGAUGUUAUGAUAUGUCUCAUAAGCAGUGAAAGAAGUUCCCAGAAUAUGUUUCCAAAACUUCAGCACUUGAUUCUCGAUAAAUUGAAAAAUCUAGCGACUACUGUUGAGGGGAUACUCCGCAGAGGCAGAUGCCUUACUAAUCUGAAAACGGUUCAAAUUUCAGAUUGUCCGAUGUUAAAAGAGGCCAUUUCUUAUGCAAUGCUACGUCAUGUUCAAAAGCUUGAAGAAAUCAAGGUAAAUGGUUGUGAAAAUAUGUCUUGCAUAAUUGCGUCUGGGGAGCAUAGAGAAACACUUCCGAAUUUGAGGGUCUUAGAGAUAAGCAACAUGGCCAAUUUGCGUAAAAUUUGUGAAGGCGAAUCAGUUUUCCCAAUGUUGCAGAGAGUUCAAGUUUCUGGCUGUUCCGGGCUAAGGAAACUUCCGCUUAAAAUCUCUAAUUUGUCUAACUUGAAAGAGAUUAGAGGUGAUUGGGAAUGGUGGAAUAAUUUAGAAUGGGAGGAUGAUGUUAAGAACAUCUUUCGCCAACACUUUCAAGCAUACCCAAGAAAUACAUACUCAAGAAAAAGAAGAUACAAGUAA